AUGUUGCCGAUGGUGCGGCCGGGAAGCAACUUUCUUGGUCAACAUCCCAACCAACUAGGGCUACGUCUGAGGAGGAUUGUGUUCUUGACCGGGGCAUUCUUCGUCCUGCUAGUGCUCACGACAGUGAUGUGCAAGUACGUCCGUGUCCGUGAACAGUUCUCCAACGUGCGCGAAGCUUCGUCGACCACCGCGGACAUGACAGUCGUUGCUGUGGCCAACGACUCCAACGUCAACAGCUUGGCAUUCGUUCCCGUCACGUUGAGCUUCCGCGACUUGUACUACACGAUUGACGUGGGCACGCGCAAGAACAAGACUACGCGCCAAUUGCUCAAGGGCAUCCACGGGUGCUUCCAGCCUGGCAUGUUGACUGCGCUGAUGGGGUCGACGGGCGCGGGCAAGACGACGUUGAUGGACGUGAUUGCCGGCCGCAAGACGGCCAGUGUCAUCGAAGGCGACAUGUUUGUGAAUGGGCAUCCGCUGGUCCGCCAGACGUUCAACAGCGUGUUUGGGUACUGCGAACAGACCGACAUGCACGAAGGAACUGCGACGAUUCGCGAAGCGUUCCUGUUUAGUGCGUCGCUUCGGUUGCCCAGCUACACGACCGAGUUCAUCAUCACUCUCACCGUCACGCGCCGCUUCUGGCCCCCGCUCACCCCUCGGAUCAUGUCGUCCCCGAUGAUCGUUGAUGCGGUGACAUCGACCGCUGCCCUUUGUAUUUGCAUUGGAGUUGGAAUGAUGGUCCAACCUGCAUAUGAGUUUCUUGGGCGGUUGCAUAUCCUAGAAGAUCGCAGUAUUUUUUUCAAGGAUCGCGGAUCUCUCAGGAUCGCGUUGAUAAGGAAGAUAAUGAUCAGUUUGUGUUUUACUCAGUGGUUACUACCGCUUUCGUAUCGCAUUGUGUCGGCGCUUGAUCACCGCCAUCCCAAGACACAUCAAUAA